CCUGGCUGCCUGGCCCCGCCGACCUGAGGACCCUGAAGCGGGAUCUAGCCCGCGGGGAAGGGUGUCUAGAGCCCGCAAACGGCCGCCGGAGCGCGUGCGGCCAGAGGAAGCGCUCCUCGGGCGACCAAUCAGCGGCGAGGAGCCGUUUUAACGUCCCUCCCUCUCCCUGCCCUCCUUUCCCCCCCGCUCUCUGGUUCCCACCCCCUCCUCCCCGCCUCGGCUCUCUCCGGUUCGGCCCUUCCAGGACACCGUCGCCCGCGCUCUCGGGAGUCCGGCCGCGACCUUUCUUGGCAGUAUGGCCAGCUCAGAGGCCGAAUGGGUAACAAUUGCCAAUAACCUUCUUUUUAAAUGUCACAUACAUCUGAGGAUACACGAACUUGAAGACUGUGAUGCUAAUGUUUUUAUUGCACUUUAUCAAUCCAUUUUGGGAGAAAAGGUACCAGACCUCAUAGCUAUUUCCAGGAGUCAAGAAGAUGAUGCCCACAAUGUACAAGCAGUGAUUGAUUCACUAGCUCUGGAUUACCUUCAGGUCAGCUUGUCUCACAUAACAGGAGAAAACAUAGUAAAAGGGGAUAAGGAAUCUAUCAAGAAUCUCCUAGAAAUAUUUGAUGGAUUGUUGGAGUAUCUGACAGAGCACAUCAGUGAAACGUCUCACAACAAAAGUGAAACUGAACAGUAUUUUAAAGACUCUCAUGGAGAAGAACCUGUAGAGGAGCUAGAAAGUAUCAAGGAGUCCAAGUCAUCAUGGAGAAAAGUGUCUUUUGGGAGGUGUUCCUUCUUGUCUGAUGCUUUCGAGCCUGCCUGGGAUGAAGAUGAAGUGGAAUCCACAGGUGAAGUCAUCAGGCUUGGAGACACCGCACAUACCUUUUCCCUGAGAAGUAAUGGUGCUCAGAGCCCCAUAGACAAGCAGUCUAGAAACGUUUCAGUUUUACUGGGCACUGAAGCACAUCGGGCAGUGUUGGACCCUGUCUCAUCAAGUUCUCGAUCCAAGAAUGAGACAACUUUUGAAGCAGCAGAAACCCCUUCUGUGAGUAUGGUUACAAGUGCCAGGAAAUUAGGUGAGCCAAUCCGAGCCGCCAUUCCUUUACAUCCUCCCUACCAUCCUUCUGAGCCUCGAGCACCUUGUCCCAUAGGGAAGGAAUACCUCCGUUCAAGUUACUACUCAUCUGCACUGACUUCUGGAGAGCAUUCGGAACUUUCUGUGGAACCAGAUCAUAAAGUCGUCUUAACUUCCACAUUAUCCAAAGAUGAUGAAUGGGAAACAUGUCUGACUCCAACUCAAAGCCCCAGGACAAGGAAGCUUCCUGAAGGGAAAAGAAAUGAAACCAGAGUUGUGACCCCCUCAGAGUAUUCGUCUUCCCCUCAGAAGGCCAGGAAGUGGCUAACAGAACAAGAACUGCAUGAGGUCUCAGAGAAGCUCUCUCAGCGGCUCUUUGAACUAGACUGGAUGUUAAAAAGUGCCCUGGGUGAUCGAGCAACAGGCAAGACUGAUGGUAAAGAUGGUGAUGCCGGAGAUGAAGAGGGGCACAGUGGAAAGGAGGAAAGACUGUCGCAGCACAGUGACAGCGUCAUGGAGUACGGACCGAAGAAGCUUCGGCCAGGUACUCAACCCAGAGAGGCAUUAACUGAAGCAUUUGAACGGGAACUAAGAAAACAUAAAGUUCAAGAGAACGUUGGACUUCGAGGGAUAAGUGCCGAGGAGGAGGAGGAAACAGAAAAAACACACAGAGAAGCCAUUCCUAAAGGAACUCCAAAACAGAGUCAGGUCCAGAAGAUUUACUCCAGAAAAGCGGCAGCUCCAAGUCCAAAAGGUGGUCUCCUGAAGUCAAGCAAGGCAGCUCCAAUGAAAGUAAAUGAAUACAGUCUUCUGCCCCUGAUGUUGGAACAGUUUCCAUUUCUUUAUGUUUCUGACCCAACACUGACCAAAAUGUGGAAGCAGCAAAUUGCACAGGUUGAACAACUCAAAAGAGAAGCACAGAGAGAAGGCCGAUCCAAAAAGAAGCUCCAGGAUCAAAUAGAAGAAGCCCUGAGAAGGCAUGACCUCCUGACUGCCCUUGUCAAGAAGGAAUAUGAACACAACAAGAGAUUGCAAGACUUCAAGGACCGAAUUCAUAGACAAAGGCUGACCCAAUCAAAGAUAAAAGAAAAUCGUCAGCAAAUUGUUCGUGCCCGAAAGUACUAUGAUGAUUACAGAGUUCAGUUACGUGCAAAAAUGAUGAGGAUGAGAACCCGGGAAGAAAUGAUCUUUAAGAAACUGUUUGAAGAAGGUUUACAAAUUCAGAAGCAAAGACUACGAGACCUAAGAAACUACGCCAAAGAGAAACGCAACGAAGAAAAGAGACAGCACCAGAAUGAACUGGACUCGAUGGAAAACUACUAUAAGGACCAGUUUUCAUUGCUGGCAGAAGCCAUAUCACAGGAGCGGCAGGAACUCAAAGCCAGAGAAAAAUCUCAGGCUCAGACGUUACAUAAGGUGAAGAGGGAGCUGAGAGCGAAGAUGGAGAAGGAGAUCCAGCAGCUGCAGUACAUGGUCACCCGGAACGACGAGGAUGCUUUCUUCCGGGAACUAGAAGCGGAGCGCUUCAGAGCUCGGCUGCAACUGGCCUCCUUCCAGUACAGUAGAAACCCUUUCCCAAGAGGCCAGACAUCAUAGGUGACGUUUCUAGAGACCUUAAUGUGUGGACAUAGCUAGACCUGAGCCAGUAAACUGUCUAAACCAGAAUUAUUUUUUAAAUGCUUUAUCUAUGUAUUCAUGCCAAAACUUAUUUUUUUAAAUAAAAACUAUUUUUCUUAACGC